AUGUCCACUUCGUGCAGUACUUUGCUAUCCUCAUCGAGUGUGAGCCCUACGUGGACGCCUUCGGCAUCUGUCUCCCUCGCGACUUCAUCGACUAGGCCGUCUUCUUCAGUGUCUACUACGACCACACCAACCAGUCUUCCCAGAUCAUCUACUACUUCAGUUCCAGUACCCUCUGCGGGCCAAGGGUCGACUGCCACUCUAGUGACUUAUACCACCACCACGAUCUGUCCGAUGACUUCCACUAUGACUUCGGUUUCAAGCACAAUCACGUCAACCUACAGCACACUCUCGACUAUCACCGUUACCUCGACUGUGGGGGUUCCCGUCACGCAGCAAACCAGUAGUAGCCCUACCGCCUCUCUUUCCGAGACCACGCCCGCUCCUGAGCCUACUGUAACUUCGGUGCCCCAGGAAUCUGCGACUACUGUUGUGACAUACGAGACGCUUACCACAAGCACUGUUACUGCCACUAUCACCUCAGACUUAGCCACAGUCACAUCAACAUACAGCACUGUCUCCAAAGCUACCGUGACUUCAACUUUGACUAUUUGCAAUGGGUGCCAAGCUCCGGCCAGUGCCGUCACUGUUUCACAACCUGGAGCCCCCAUUUCUUCGGAUAGACCUUUUACUGAUAUACCCGUCGUUGGCACCUCGUCCGUUUUCACUGAGCAGGUUUGGACUGGCACUCCAUCUGUAGCGUCGACCAUGAUGAGCACCAGCCGGCCCAGCCCCAGCACCGUUGAUGGAUUACCAGUUAAUCCGCCGCCAGGUCACUCUAAUAUGGCUUUGUCUAUGAGCAUCUCGGUUAGCCUCUGGUUAAUGUCGAUCGCUUCGCUGCUUUCCCUCAUGCUGUAA